AUGAAGACGUUUCUCCUUGAGCUUGCCCUCGCCGCCGGGCCUGCGCUGGCGGCGGUUUCGGGCUCCUUGUCUUGCCCCGCCGACACUCCGCUCAGCUGCCACAACACCACUGCGUACGACAACACGUGCUGUUUCAACUACCCUGGAGGUCAAGUCCUCUUGACUCAAUUCUGGGACACCAGCCCUUCCACGGGCCCCGCUACGUCGUGGACUGUCCACGGGCUUUGGCCCGACAACUGUGAUGGAACCUAUGAGCAGUAUUGCGACCAAAAGAGGCAGUACACAAAUAUCAGUCAAAUUCUGAGCGGUCGCGCCCCCUGCACUCUCAAGUACAUGGAAAAGUAUUGGAAGGAUUAUUCCGGAGACGACGAGGACUUCUGGGAGCAUGAGUUCGGCAAGCAUGGCACCUGCAUGAGCACCUUGGAGCCGUCUUGCUAUCCCAACUAUCAGCCGGGUGACGAGGUUGUCGACUACUUCAAGCGAGCCGUGCAGGUGUUCAAGUCGCUUCCCUCGUACGAUUGGCUCGCCGCGGCCGGCAUCGUGCCCUCGGCGACGGCGACGUACACUCUUGCCGCGAUCCAGGCAGCUCUCAAGGCCCACCACGGCCACGACGUCAUCAUCAACUGCAGCGGUAACAAGCUCAACGAGCUUUGGUAUCACUACAACGUCCAGGGCUCGAUUCAGUCUGGCACCUUUGUCCCGGUUCAGUAUGUUGGGCCGCCGCCUACCUGCCCCUCGACUGGUAUCAGGUACCUACCCAAGUAUGCCACCACCCAGCCUACAGCCACGACUACCACAGCGCCACCUACUUCGACAGCAGCGCCUGGUGAGCCAGGUGUGCUCUCUGGCAAGGGUCGGCUCUACGUCAACACUCCAAGCUCAUCCAGCGGCGGCUUCCUCAUCAGCGGAGGAACGUGGUACCGGGCUGGUGGCACCCCGGCCACGUACACGGCGACACCCGAUGCUAGCGGCUCAACCUUCACCCUCACCACCAGCAAGGGCAAAUGCGCGGUUCAGAGCGACACCUCUUUGACUUGCGGUGCUUCUGUCUCUGCUGCCAGUUCGUUUGGUUACGACGGUACCUACUUGACUUACGACGGGAAGUCCACUUUCUACGCGACCAGCCUUCCUAGCGGGACCGAGCAGGGAAUUGUUUAUACCACUUCCAAGGAUGUCUCGCUUCAGGUUACCUGG